AUGCCUCCAGCCGGCGCAGCCGCCGCAGCAGCAGCCGCCGCGAAAGGCGCACCCACCAGCGUCCAACCCCUCCCCGUCGCCGCAAUUAACGGCGGAGCAGGCAGCGGAGCAGGCGGCGCAUCGGGAACUGGUUCUGGUGCUGCUGGUGGAACCGCGUUGGGCGUCGCGGGAGCGGGAAACGCUGUGAAAGCGCCGAUGAUGGUGUUCACGCCGCGGGAAGAUGUGGCUCUGGAAGAUCUGGAGAGGAUUUUGCCGCCGUUAGGGUUUGGAAGCGGGGGUCGCGUGUACCGCGUUCGGCAUAAGAAAACCGGCAAGGAAUACGCGCUGAAGGUGAUUCAGGAGAAGUACGACGAGGAGGUGCGGAAGCAGAUCAUCCAGGAGAUGCAGAUCCUACGGCGAGCACGAUCCGACCAUGUGGUGGAGUGUUACGGCAUCUUUGACCACCUGGGGGAGAUCUCAUUCGUCCUGGAGCUCAUGGAUGGUGGCACUCUGGCGGAUGUGACUAAGAAGAGGGGCAAGAUUCCGGAGUCGUUUAUGCCGGAGGUGACACGGCAGUGCCUGCAGGGGCUGCUGUACCUGCACCGGCAGCACGUGGUUCACCGCGACAUCAAGCCCUCCAACCUGCUCUUCAACCGCCAGGGCCAGGUGAAAAUCGCUGAUUUCGGGGUGAAGAUUGCUGAUUUCGGGGUGAGCAAGGAGUUAGCGUCCACGCUAGCCCAGUGCAACUCAUAUGUGGACACCUCCGCCUACCUCUCCCCCGAGCGCAUCAACCCGCCGCCAGGCGAAGGCUACAACGGCUACCUCUCAGACGUCUGGUCCAUGGGCCUCUCGCUCCUCGAGCUCUCCUCUCUCCUCUCACUCCUCCUGUUCGUGAUUGACCCUUUCUCCUCUGCUUCCGUUAUUCCUCCCCCUCUAUCGCAGGUGAAGAUUGCUGAUUUCGGGGUGAGCAAGGAGCUAGCGUCCACGCUAGCCCAGUGCAACUCGUAUGUGGGCACCUCCGCCUACCUCUCCCCGGAGCGCAUCAACCCGCCGCCAGGCGAGGGCUACGACGGCUACCUCUCAGACGUCUGGUCCAUGGGCCUCUCGCUCCUCGAGCUCGUGAUUGGCCGGUUCCCGUACGUGCAGGCCGGGCAGUCGGCCGAUUGGAUGACACUUUUCGGCGCGAUUGUUUUCAACGAGCCGCCCGAGGCUCCGGGCAGCUGCUCGCCUGAGUUUCAGGAUUUUAUUAGAUGCUCACCGUCGCAGCUCCCUACCUCCUUCGGCAGACAAGAGAAAGUCAAACGGAAGUACGACGAGGUUGUCAUUGACGCACGGAAAGCGGCAGUCGGGCCGGGAGAGGAGGACCUAUCCGUGGUCGCAGCGCAGAGCACUCGGCAAUCCCGAGGCCGACAAGCUCAGCGUCGAGAUUCGCCAGAUCGGACGGCUGAGAAUGACGGACAGGCGGACGUGGUGGAUGUGCCGAGCUAUGAAGGGAUGGACGCCCGGCAAAAGAAGCUCUUCGAAAUUCGCCUCAAGCUGAACCAAGCGCGGCUGGCGAAUCAGACGGCGGUGGUGGCGGAGAAGCGGCGAGAAGAGAAGCCGGAGGAGGAGUCGCGCGGAGUGAGCAAGGCGGCGUGGUUCGAGGAGAAGAAGCGCAAGAUGAGCAAACAGCUCGACGCGGCCGGGCUGCAUAUCACCAAGGUGUUUCCCCGUCAUGUCUUAACGUCCUUUCCCUUGCCUCCCCCACCCCUCUCCUUCCCUUUUUCCCUGCAUCCCCGCGCCCCCGCGGGCCUCCGGUCCCCCUUCCCCCUUUUCCCCCUUCUCCCCCCGCAGAACCAGGCGCGGAAGGCGAAUCAGACGGCGGUGGUGGCGGAGAAGCGGCGAGAAGAGAAGCCGGAGGAGGAGGAGUCGCGCGGAGUGAGCAAGGCGGCGUGGUUCGAGGAGAAGAAGCGCAAGAUGAGCAAACAGCUGGACGCGGCCGGGCUGGAUAUCACCAAGGCGUACAUGCUGGAGACGCAGGAGGCCGCGGAGAGCAAAUACAAGAAGUGGGAGAAGAAAGAAGCGCCGUUUGGCUGGGAUGGGGGGGAAGGGGGGGGUCUUGGGAAAAAGGUAUGGGAGAAGGGAGGGCUGGAUAUCACCAAGGCGUACAUGCUGGAGACGCAGGAGGCCGCGGAGAGCAAAUACAAGAAGUGGGAGAAGAAAGAAGCGCCGUUUGGCUGGGAUGCGUUCAACCAGCAGGCAUUGUACAACGCAUACAAGAAGCGCACGGGCAACAUCCCCUACACAGAGGAAGACUACCUUAAGGCCAAGGAGAAAGACCCUGACUUUUACCGCGACGAUGCGAGCCUGCAGUACGGGCAAGCUCCGGAGAUUCCCGAGGAGAACGUUGACAGAAUGGUGGCGGAGCUGACAGACAGAGCCAAGAGCCGCAAGGAGUUCAGCCGAAGAAGACGGCACCAUGAUGAGAAGGACAUUGAUAGUAUUAACGACCGGAAUGAGCACUUCAACCGGAAGAUUGAGCGCGCGUUUGGGAAAUACACGGUGGAGAUUAAGAAUAAUUUGGAGCGGGGUACUGCGCUGCCCGAUUAA